GUGAAUUUAAUUCAAUUCUGAAUUUAAAAACGAAUUAAUUAAAUGAGGGAAAAAUUUCAAUUAAAUAUUUAAUUUAAUUUAAUAUUUCAUACAAAAAACACUUUUUCUGUUUUGAAAUUGAAUCGAGAAUUGAAUGAAACGUAGAUUGAGACACGAUGGGAAAAUAUUGAAUGAAAUUGACUAUUUUAAAUCAUAAAUAAAAUAUAAAAAGAAAUACGAUGUUAUAGACUGUUGACGUAUGUAUAUAAAAGUUGAAUCAAUCAUGAACGUUCAAACCCUACAGCUGCUCGUUAGUUAAAUCGCUGUAAAAUAUUAAAAUAAACUCAGGGUUUCAUUUAAUAACAAACAUUAAACACCAACCGACUUUGACCCAAAAAUUAAGAAUUCUUCAAUUUUACACGACUUUGUACAAACUUAAGGACAAAGUAUAAUAUUUGACGAACAACAAAUUGAGUUAUGAACGUCAACUCGAUUAAAUUUUAAUUAACUGCAAAAGAAAGAAUUUAAAAAUUAAUAACUUUUGUAAUUUAAUUUUUUUGUCUAAUGUUGUUCACUCUCGUACCCUCUAGUACUAAAUCAAAAUGAGAAAAAUCUAAAAAAAAUUCUAAAGAAGAAAUUUUCAAAAGAGAUUUUAAAGAAAAGAACAAAAUCAGGAGAUAAAAUAAAAGUCGAAGCAUAAAAAAUAAAAGUAUUUUCAAUAAGUAUGUAAUUUUCUCGUCUUGUUAAUCUUUUAUAUCAUCGUGUCAGGCAAACAGUGAGACAAUUUCUGUCACACGCACGCAACCUGUUGCAAUUCAUAAAUCGUUCAGAAAUACUUUAAAAACAUUGAAAUUAUUGAUCUACAUAUUAAAUACCCGCCUUGUGCUGCACUUGUCCUUAAUUAUAAAUUCCGCAUUGAAUGUCAGAAGGGGAUUUUUUUUUCUCUCUUGUCUCGAGAAAUGGGUUUGUGAAUAAAUAAAAUCGUUCGAAAUCGAGAGCACAAAAGGGAGUCUGGUUUCUGUUUUCAAAAAAAAAAAAAAAAAAAUAAGGGGUGUUGGAUGGGGAGUGAACUUUUGGAGUGAAAAUCGAUAGAAGACUUGCGCUUUGAGGCUUGGAGAUUCAUCCUGAAUCAACGCAUCCGCACAGUUUCUGACCCCCCAACUGAAUAAAAAAUGGAAGGUGAGAAAGUGGAUAAUAACGGGGUGAAGGAGAAUAGUACAACUACUGUUACGAAUGAUGUGGCGAAUUUGAAAAUUGAGGAAAAUACACCUGGAAGUCCAGCCACGGGAAGUGGAACGUUUCUCUCGAGUUUUAAGGCCUUUUCGAAAUUCGGAGACACAAAAAGUGAUGGCAAAAAUAUCACCCUCAGUCAAAGUGAUAAAUGGAUGAAGCAAGCGAAAGUAAUCGAUGGCAAAAAAAUCACCACCACAGACACUGGAAUUUAUUUCAAGAAACAAAAGUCGAUGAAAUUAAACGUUGAACAAUAUAAAUCCUUCCUGGACGAAUUGGCCAAGGCUAAAAAAAUCGAAUUAGCUGAAAUUAAAAAUAAAAUGGCAAAUUGCGGACCUCCUGGUAUAUCUAACGUAUGUGGGGCCGGCAAAGCUGCGUCAACAGUUGACAGAUUAACAGACGUAAGUAAAUAUACAGGAUCACAUAAACAGAGAUUCGAUGAAACUGGCAAAGGAAAAGGAAUUGCUGGCCGAAAGGAUAUUCCCGAUAAUUCUGGAUACGUCCAGGGAUAUCAGAACAAGGACACACACAAAGCCCAGUAAUCCUCUUGAAAUCAUUGAAAAAAAAAAAAAAUAAAAAAUGCUGGCACCAAAGUUGCACUGUCCAUCAGUGCUUUUAAAAAAAGAAUUUCUUCGGCCGAGAAGAGACGAGACCUCCAUCCAUCGAAAGUUUCACCUUCGAGCUCUUAAAAAAUGCUUCCCGAGAAACUUCAUUUUUUGCACUUAACAAUCAAUCAGAUUCAUAAAUAAUUACGUAAUUAACAAUAACCAAGUUACCAAUUUUACUAUAAUAAUUCUAAAGACAAAAAAAAUUAAAUUCAAAAAUUCCAUUUUAAAAAACUAGUAGCUUUUAUAUAAGCCUUUUUUUAUAUCUAUACAAAUCUCGAAGCGGCAAGAAAAAAUUUUGAAGCAAGAAGAAACAAGAAAAGGAAUACUGAAAGUGAUUUGAUGAAUUUUCCUUCUCACAGUCACAUUAUCGCGAUUGCUAAUUUACAAUCUCACAAGCACUGGAUUUUCUCUACCUCGAUUUUUUUUCUAAAAUCAAAUUAAUUAGAUUUUUAGUGAGAAAAUCCAAAAAGCGAUAAAGUGUACUUAUCCAUCGUUAUUCCUGGCGUUAAAACAGGAAGAAAAAAUAUUUCACGUUUCCUUUGUAUAAAUAGAAUUUGUUAUAAAUAAAUAAAUAAAUGUGUAUUAGAGCCUAAAA